AUGCCUUUGAAUGCCCGUGACGUCUUCUCGGCCCCAGAGCCCAAGUUCUGCGCAUUCCCCAGUAGACGAAGUGUUGUUCACAGCACGAAAGGCAUCAUUGCCUGUACACAGCCCCUAGCCGCAGCUGCAGGGCAAAGGAUCCUUAGAGAUGGAGGGAAUGCUGCGGAUGCCGCUGUGGCGGUUGAACCAUCUUCAACCGGUAUUGGAGGUGAUAUGUUCUGUUUGUUCUAUAACGCAAAGACCAAAAAAGUGCAUGCCCUUAAUGGCUCAGGCCGCGCAGCGGCCAAUACUUCUCUAGAUUUUGUUCGCAAGGAGUUACGUCUUGCUGCUGGCGAGGAGGGCAAAAUCCCGAUGACCAGCGUACAUGCUGUGACGACGCCAGGUGCUGCUGCCGGAUGGGUCGACACCGUGGAACGCUUCGGAAGCGGGAAGUUGUCAUUGGAACAGAUUUUGACACCAGCCAUCGAAUUGGGAGAGGAGGGAUUUCCUGUGUCUGAGCUCGCUGCGUCAUUUUGGGCAGAAAGCGAAAAGCUCAUCCGUGACGCAUCACCAAACUUUAGAGAGAUGCUGAAACCCUGCCCCAGUGCGAAGGAUGGAGUGAGAUGUCCACAGGCGGGGGAAAUAUUCAAGAACCCUACUCUGGCCCAAACCUUUCGAACACUGGCAAAGGAAGGUAAAAAGGGCUUCUAUCAAGGCCGUAUUGGGGAAGCAAUUGUCAAGGUGGUCCAAGAUCUCGGUGGCCGUCUUUCACUUGACGAUUUGAAAUAUCACAUGGAAACAGGCAGUCAAGAUGUAGAUGCAAUUUCUUUAAAGCUCAACCCAACCGACAUUGGCGGAAUCAAGCGUGAUGGCAAAGGCGAAAUAGAAAUUUGGGAGCACCCCCCCAAUGGCCAAGGUAUCGUUGCUUUAAUGGCAUUGGGUAUUUUGGAAGAACUGUCCAGAACCGGCAAGAUCCCCCACUUCGCGGCCGAACAACACAACUCCAGCGUCUACCUCCACGCCAUCAUCGAAAGCCUACGGAUCGCUUUCGCCGACGCAAGCUGGUGGGUGACAGAUCCAGAUGUCGAAAAGGUCCCGUCCAAGAAAUUAAUUUCCCGCGCUUACCUCGCCCAACGCGCAGAGCUCUUCGAUCCGGACAAGGCUUGUGACGUCAUCGACCACGGCAGCCCUGCUCACAACCAUUGCGACACGGUCUACUUCGCCGUGACAGACCAGGAGGGCAACGGCAUGUCCUUCAUUAACAGCAACUACGGCGGCUUCGGCACCUGCAUCAUCCCACAAGGCUGUGGCUUCACGCUGCAGAACCGCGGGGCAAACUUCUCGCUGACACCAGGCCAUCCCAACGUCCUCGCACCCCGUAAGCGCCCCUACCAUACCAUAAUCCCGGCCAUUGUUACCAAUACAUCAGAUAACUCCCUUCACACCGUGUAUGGAGUGAUGGGCGGCUUCAUGCAGCCGCAGGGCCAUGUGCAGGUGCUGAUGAACAUGCUUGCAUUUGACCAAACCCCGCAGACAGCGCUGGAUGCUCCUCGUAUCUGCAUUGGAGCGGGGAUACCGGAGCGGGAAGAGCUGAAGGAACUGGGACAUAAUGUCGAAGUGUUGAAAGGGUUCAAGCGUGGGAUGUUUGGGCGGGGGCAGGUCAUCCGGUGCCAUUAUGACGAGCAGAAGCGGGUUUAUAGCGCUGGAAGUGAUAUGAGGGGUGAUGGGGAGGCGUUCCCUGUUUGA